UGCAACAGAGGCUACGAUCUCUUCAUGGAUGCAGAGAGAUCAUCUUACAACCGCCAAUGCCGUCAAGAUGAAGACAUGAAAAGAUGUGAAGGACACUGGAGCGGAAGAAAACCGUGCUGCAUACCAAGAUCUUGUCCGAAUCCUAAGCCAUUUGUGAACGGAACGGUUAAUGGAGAUCAUUUCUUUUAUCCGGAAACAAUUUCAAUAAGUUGUGAUGUCGGACACGAAUUGACGAAAGAUGGGCCAGUUUAUCAAUGUAAUGAAACAGGGUCUUGGGUACCUCUGUCUGGUCCAUUGGUAAAAAGGCAUAAAACCGAUAAUUUGCGAGCUGCUGCAGAACUGCAACUAGUCCAAACAUGUCUAAGAAGAAAAAUCAUUCAAACGGAAAAUUUCAAAAAUUCUAAACUAAAUUUUGCAAGAUGCGAACCGGUCGACUGUGGAAAGCCAAAGAAUCCUGUGGAUGGACAAUGUUCAGGAAACUACUAUCAGUUUAAAGGAGUUGCGCAAUGUACAUGCAAUCCGGGAUUCUGCAUAGUUGGACCAAACAAAACUCAAUGUACCUCAUCAGGACUAUGGUCGAAUAAGGCACCAAGCUGCAAAAAAAUUCAAUGUCCAACUCUUAGCGAUCCCGAACACAGUACAGUACAGUUGAGCUCAGAACAAAGGUUUGUAGAUGAUACGGCAGUUUACAGCUGCCAUUCCGGCUAUGACCUAAAUAUGGAUAAAAACAUUCAAACAUUUACUCGAAUUUGCUUACAACUCGAUAACCCUUACAAAUGCGAAGGAGCGUGGAGCGAAAAACCGCCAUGUUGUAUACCAAGGUCAUGUCCGGAUCCUAAUAAUUCUAACUUCAGAAAUGGAAGCAUACAGGGAGAUGCCUAUUUCUACCCCGAAACAAUCUCACUAAAUUGCAAGGAAGGUCACGAGCUCGUUGGCGGAGGAUCCUAUUUUCAGUGCAAUCAAAGUGGUCAGUGGCAUGAAAUAUCAAAACCCAGUGACGAGGCAUUACAACGAGCAACUGAGAGAAUCAACUCAGAACGUAAGAAAGUAAAAGCCUGCAUAUUUCCGAAGUCAAAUUCAAUCAAAACAAGGCACUUUCCAAACAAAGUGAAACAAUUUAUUACCUGUCAACCUAAGUAUUGUAGAAAACCUGUCGUUGAAAGUAACUGUACUCUGGUGUCAAGGAGCUUCCAUUAUCCAAGCAAAGUGAUGUUUGACCGCAAAUAUGGAUACUGCGUUGUUGGCAGUAAUAUCUCUCAAUGCAAUUCACAAGGACUUUGGUCAAAAGCGUCACCAACCUGCAAACGUAAGAUAUAAUUUUGAUUGAUUGAACGAACAGUUUAAAUAACAGCUGGAAAUUGGCGCAAACAGAUUGCCUCUGACUGAACCACAUUCUUACAUACAUAAUCAAAUUCUAUGUGAUUCGGCUUAAAGCGCGCAAAUAGGCGUAAUCGAGUUUGAAACUAUGCGCGUCCAAGAGAUAAGUUUUUCAAAAUUGACGAUUCAAGUAACAUAAAAAAUUACAUAAAAUGUUAUCAUAAACUGAAAAAUGGCUUUAGUAAUUUAG